AGGGCGAAGGCCAAAGCUCGAGCUCCCAUGGGCGAACGAUCUACCUCUCAAACCCCUCGUCUGGUCGAUUCUGCUAUCGCGCCCGCUGGCGCAUCCACCAACGCGGCCAUUCGCGCCGCCGCCACCUCCAAGAUCCCCUUUCGCCCUCGGAAAAUCCGCAGAAUUUCUUCCUCCGCCCCAGAGAUGACCAACGACUCGCCGAAGAAGACCCUCGCCGUCCGCGUGAUUCCCCGCCCUCUGUCUUCUGAAGGCGAGGUCUCCGUCUCCAUAAGCCACCUACGCGCCGUCGAUCCCCUCCUCUCCGCGGUGAUUGAUGCCCACGAUCCCCCCACCUUCCAGUGUCUCAUCUCGCCGUUCCACUCUCUGGCCCGCAGCAUUCUCUACCAGCAGCUAGCCGUGAAGGCGGCAUCCUCCAUCUAUGGCCGCUUUGUCGCCCUUUGCGGAGGCGAGGCUAGCGUCGUCCCCGAUGUGAUUCUCUCUCUCACCACGCAGCAGCUUCGCCAGAUCGGCGUCUCCGAGCGCAAGGCAUCGUACUUACACGACCUUUCGCGAAAGUACCAUGGGGGAAUACUGUCUGACGCAAGCAUAGUCGCAAUGGAUGAUAAGUCUCUCUUCUCCAUGCUCACCAUGGUCAAAGGCAUCGGCGCCUGGUCCGUCCAUAUGUUCAUGAUGUUUUGCCUCCACCGUCCGGACGUUCUUCCCGUUGGCGACCUUGGUGUUCGCAAGGGCGUUCAGAUUCUCUACGGCCUCGAUGAGGUCCCGCGGCCUUCGCAAAUGGAGCAGCUUUGCGAUCGGUGGAGACCUUAUAGAUCUGUCGGCUCCUGGUAUAUGUGGCGAGUGGUCGAGACCAAGAACAAUUCCAACUUGGCUUCGCCAAACGCUGGAGCACUCACUAUGUCAACCGUAGCACUGGCAGAUGUGCAACAGCAGGAACAUAAACAAACCCUACAAGAGCAAAUGGUUGAUUCAUAUCAGAUGCUUCCGCAAUCUUGGUCGAAGUCCAUUUCACCUACUGGUGGAGCUCACGCUGCACCUAGCCGCUCGCUGGACACUGUACGUGACUAUGCACCGACGGUGGCCGUGAUUUCAUGGUUGUGAUUUUGUGGCCAUGUGGUCCCAACGGCUGCUAUCUGCCGUUUGAUAUGUUGAUCACUAUAAGGUCAGAAUUGGCUAUCACUUCUAUGUCAGGAAAUUGCUGUCGUUUGAUAAACUGUCAAGUCUUUUGAUGAACCGAGAGAUCAUCAUACAGCAGAUGCAUGAGUACUUGUUUGAUUCUGUUGCUGGAGCGACACAGACGGGUUGCAUUGGAUAUUAUGUCAACGUGCAAAAAUAACUUGGAUGGUUCUUAAUUAUCACUCUCUGUUUCUGGCAAUCACGACUACAGGAACUGUACGAUACGAGGAAGGCGAGGUACAUUAAAUCACUAUAAGUUUAUGUUUUGAGUUCAUGUGUCUGUUUGUUUCCUGAGGAAGAUGAAUUGGAUCAGCAAGGCUUGGAAUGAUUACUUCCUUUGUCAUUUACUCUGGUAAUAACUGGCCAUGCAUUAUCAAUAUGA